AUAAUCCAAUUUCAAGUAGCGCUAAAACUGGCCCUCCACUUUUUCAAGAGUGAAAUUUGUGUAUGUAUAUACAAUGCCGAUUGAUCAGAAACGGAUUAACGGUCCGGACAUUUCUGUACCAUACGACAUUUAUAUUCAUUCCGAAGUAAAAGACAAUGGGAUACAACCUAAUGCUCCAAAAAGACACGAUGGCCGCUCGAAUAACGAGCUUAGAAAUAUAUUUAUGAAAACAGGCAUAGUCAGUCAGGCAAAAGGCUCGGCUUAUAUUGAGAUGGGUGACACCAAAGUCAUUUGCUCGGUAUUUGACCCUCGAGAGAUACCAAAUAAAACUGGCUAUUGUGUGCAAGGAGAAUUAUUCUGUGAGUUUAAAUUUGCACCUUUUUCUCAUCACAAACGGAAGCUACAUCAACAAGAUGCAGAGGAGAAGGAAUAUAGCCUGAUAAUGCAAAGAGCUUUAGAACCAGCAGUAUGUCUACAAGAAUUUCCUAAUUUUCAAGUUGAUAUCUAUGCAAUAGUUCUUGACAAUGGGGGAUCUGCAUUGGCUGCAGCAAUAAUGGCAGCUAGUUUGGCUUUGGCCAACGCUGGAGUACCAAUGUUUGGUUUAGUUACAGCAUCUACCAUUGGCAUAUGCAAACAAACAUAUCUAGUGGAUCCAACAGACACAGAAGAAACUUUUUGUUCUACAAAAACUGAACCAGACACAGCAGACGAUCAUGGAAUCAUAAUGCAGGCUGCUCUUCCACAACAUGGCCAAAUUUCCGAAAUAUUCGUAGUAGGAAGUGUAGAUGUGAAUACUAUUGAACAUUCAAUGGACCUUUUGAGUAAAAUGCACAAGGAUAUCUGUCCUUUGUUAGAACAAUGUCUUGUAAAAACUGUAUUUAAAGCAUUUCGUCCGAACAACAAAAAAACAGAUGAGAAAUAAAGAAGAUAUAAAUAUUUUUAA